CUUGAAAGAAACAAUAACAUUUACGUGUCAUACUUCGGUAGUGAUGCUUUUGCCUUUGGCUUAAAAAGGUGCGCCCGCAACUUUCACAAUGAUUUUAAACAUAAGUGUAGUGAAAAUGGACUAAAAAGGAACGAAAAUGGGAUCGAAAAUAGAAUACGUGGAUUCUUCGCAAAUUUAUGCGACAAGUUACGCCAGAAAUUCCAAAGCAAUUGGCGUUUUGUGGGCUAUUUUUACUGUGUGUUACGCUAUAAUUGUUGUGGUUGCAUUUAUUACACCGGAAUGGAUAGGGAACGUUGAGGGUGAAUUUCCGGGCAAAAUCGGUUUGUGGUCUUCAUGUUACGUUGAAGAAUCUGGCGAAAGAUGCAAGGGAAAAAUUGAAGAAUUCAUUAGUAUAUCAAAUACCCCAUUUUUAAUUGCUACGAUAUUUAUUGGACUUGCUGUUAUUGCAGCUCUACUUACAAUAUGUGCUAUGAUUUUGUUCUUUAUUUGCCAUUCAACUACCGUUUAUCAUAUAUGUGCCUGGUUGCAGCUUCUAUCUGCCGUUUGCAUGGUAGUCGGAAAUGCAACUUUUCCCGCCGGCUGGGCUGACGCCGACGUCCAAAAGAUCUGCGGCCAGUCCGAUCUUUACGUAUUCGGCGAUUGUGGAAUUCGAUGGGCCUAUUUACUAGCAGCUAUUGGAUGUCUGGACGCUCUGAUAUUAUCGAUAUUGGCAUUUAUAUUAGCGACGCGACAUGUUCGUCUACAACCUGAUCCACAUUAUGCUACCGCUAGUUUGUAUAAAGGUGAAAUGAACAACGGCUUCAUAGGAGACGGUGCAAGUGUAGCCGGAUCACGAAAAUCUCUUAAUCUGCAUCCAGUACUGUUGAUGCAUCCUGGUCAAGACGACACGUACUCCCAAUUUUCGCAGAGAACUGUCCCUCGCUCAACACAUUCUGGACAUUAUUCUCACCCCAUGCAUCACAACUUCCAGUUAUAGAAACAAUAAAUUCGGGCAUGGCUGAUUUGGCUGAGAAAACUCUUGCGGGAAGUUGCUUAUACGUGUUGCUAUUUUAGGUUAAGGUCUAAUUUAAAAUUGCUGUAAAUAGGUUAAAAGUAUUUUCUAAUAAAAUUGUCAGAAGAAUUUAUGCUAGAUACAA